AUGAACCAAAGCGAUUGUCUCGAGCCUUGGAAACCUCCAUUACCUAACAUAGACUAUGAGCCAAUGUUCGCUCCCUUUCUUGAAAUGUCUGGUGGUCUGAUGAAAUUGAUUGCGCGUUCUUCAGACGAAAAAAGCAUUGAGGUUAUGAUCGAAUCCAUCGCACAAAAAAGUACCACUUGGAGCACAGUUUUGCAAUUAUUCAUGCACAAUGUUGUGUCAAUUCUGAUUUUCGUAUCCGGAUUUCUAUUAGCUUUGACCGUCCUUCUGGGAUGCGUUUGCACGUGCAUAUUUCGAUCGUCUACGGCGAGUCGGGUAAGAUUUCGGAGUAAUCAGGGGGAUUAUGUAUUGAGAAUCAGUUUAGGAGAAACCAAAAAGCGGGCGUAUUUGGUGUUCUUGGUUUAUGUUCAUAUUCUGCACGAUGAUGUCGAUUAUAUGUAUUGUGCUGGUGGGCAGUGCAGCUCAUUCGAUCACAGUUGGUCUUAA